AUGACUCCAGCAGCGUUUGAUAAACUUUACGAUGUGGUCGGAAAACUGCUUGUAAAAAAAUCUUUGCGUCAACCGAUUGCUGCAAAAUGCAGACUGUUCCUCACAUUGAUGUACUUAGCUCACGGUUCGAGCCAUUUUUAUUUAUCACGAUUGUUCCGGAUGGGAGUGUCAACUGUGCGGUCAAUAACACAGGAAGUUACACAAAUCAUAUGGAACAAACUGUGUGGCAUAUAUUUGCCUGAAGUGGAUGAAAACUCUUGGAAGCAGUAUAGUAACGAGUUUAAAAUACAGUGGAACCUGCCAAAUUGCUGCGGCGCCAUUGACGGCAAGCAUAUUACAUUGGAGUGCCCACCAAAAUCCGGCUCACUCUAUUUCAAUUACAAGAAACAACACUCCAUAUCGCUCAUGGCCAUUUGUGAUGCAAAUUAUAAUUUUUUAGCGGUUGAUGCAGGAGCAUAUGGAGGCAAUUCAGAUGGAAGUGUGUUUGCAGCUAGUGAAUUUGGACGUCGACUUCUUCGAGAUGAAUUGAAUUUACCUAGCCCAUGCGCAUUACCACGAAGCGAACAUAUUAUUCCACACUAUAUAGUAGGUGACGCAGCAUUUCCACUUAAAUCUAAUUUGAUGCGGCCGUAUCCAGGUAGGAAUCUAUCUCUGACCAAAGAAAACUUUAACCGACGAUUGUCUAGAGCACGGCGGACCAUCGAAAAUGCUUUUGGCAUUAUGGUUGCUCGUUGGAGAAUUUUAAAAUCUCCACUCAUCAUGCACCCGAUGUCAGCGGAGCAUAUUGUAAAAUCAGUGGUGAUUCUGCACAACUUUGUCAAACAGCAUUGUGGAUCCCAAUACGCUCCGCGAGGGUUUGCUGACAUUGCUAACGAAGACGGUGACGUUCAAGAAGGUGAGUGGAGGAAGCUAGUUGAACCCAUGGCGAGCGUUUCCGCAGGCAUUGUCCAACGUGGGAACAACGCAGCGCGUAGUGCAUAUGACAUACGUGAUUUAUUGGCUCAAUAUUUACUUGAAAAUAAAAUUCCAUGAAUAAUAAUAUCACUACAUACAUGAAAAUAU